AUGAAGAUCAACUCAAAAAAGGAGAUAUACGUACCAAGAGAGAUUUUUGAAGCAAUUGAAAAGUCAAGGAUUUCUGUCGUCGUAUUCUCUGAAAACUAUGCCUCCUCAACUUGGUGCUUGGACGAGCUUGCUAAGAUCAUUGAAUGUAAGAAUUCACAGCAGCAAAUUGUUCUGCCGAUUUUUUACGACGUGAAUCCCUCAGAUGUAAUAUACCAAACGGGCACUUUUGGUGGAGCAUUUGUUGAACAUGAAGACAGAUUCAAGGAUGAUUUGGAGAAGGUGUCGCGAUGGAGGGCGGCUCUUACGGAAGCAACAAAGUCGUUUAUUGAUUAA